UGAAUUGUGUGAAGAUUUGAACUUAUUUCUGAAAAAUGUUGCAACACCUUUCAGUUUUUAGCUUUAUUUCUAAUAACAGUGGAUGUGAAAGUCUUCGAACUUAUAUAACCUAGUAUUUAACUCUUCACCAAUUUUUUUUUAUCAUUUCUAAGAUAUUAAAUUAAUUAGAAAGCAAAAGGUUGAAAAUGACUGCAUUAGGAUAUUUAAUUUGAUUAAUUUCAAUGAUUUUGAUAUCAUCGGAAGCAAGUAAUUUUUAAGCAGAUGUCUUUAUAAAUAAUUUAUUAAUUAUGAAACUGGAAAGAUUUCUUAUGUACGAGUUAAGAUUCAAUUUAACUUCUUUCUACGAUUUGUACCAAGUCAAUUUUAAUAGUGUAACCUAAUUUUAUUGUAUUAUCAUCCACAUGUAAAAUCACAUAACAUUAAGACCUAAAAUUGAAUAAUUCGCGUGUUGAGCAUGCGCGAGUUUACUAAAUGUGCCCACCAAUACAGUUCUACCACCAUAAAUUAUUAUAAAUUUGUUGUAAGGGUUCGUGCGUGCGUGAUGGUCAAUCGCUGGUUGUGAUGAAUUCUUCAAACGGUUGUGAAUUAAACAAGUACUACGCAAAUAUGGAUGAUAGUUCAUCCAUAAGUUCCUCUGACUCGUCCGACAGUGAUGACGAAGAAACUACCUCAUCUUCCCAAACUUCGUUUGAUGAAGAAGACGAUUCGAUAACGUCGGUGAUAGGACAUGAGGUGACAACUGAACUAGCGGUUUCCGGCCCCGUUGGUGUUGCUGCAGCAACUGCGAUCGCUUCGGUGAAAAGUUAUAAGAAACCUCAUUUAUUUGAAACGAACCCAAUUGUACGUAGGCGUCAACGGACUCGUCUUUUCCGCAAAUUCCAAAUAUUACUCGAUGAGUUUUCGUUGCGUGUUGGCCAACAAGCGGUCGUGUUGGUGGCAUCGCCGGGGGAUCCCAACGGUUAUUACAAAGUGAUUGGCGCGAAACCACUUAAAAACGUCUUCAAAAAUCUCCGCUCAAUCGUUAUGGAAGAAUUCCAACAGGCUCUCUCACACGAAGCACCAACCCUAAUCGCAGAUGACACGUCACGUUUUCAUUUACCAUCAUUAGUCAUCGAUGGUAUUCCAACCCCCGUUCAAAAAAUGACUCAAGUUCAAUUAAGAACUUUUAUUCCUUUGAUGUUAAAAUAUGCGUUAGGUAGAAGUAAACCAGGGUGGGGAAAAGAGUUCUUGCGUCCUCCAUGGUGGCCAACAGCAUUACCGUGGGCAAAUGUUCGAACAGAUCCAAGAAAUGAACGUGAGAAACAAAAGAUGUGUUGGACGGACGUCUUAAGAGAAGUGGUUCUUAGUUGUUAUAAGUACCAUAAUCGCGAGGAUUUAUUAGAUUUAUAUUUAAUAAAUUCGGAUGGAUCGGAAAUGGUCGAUGACCCGCCUCCAAUGCUUACUGAUGAUGUAAUAACUCAAGUUGAAGAAGAAGGAACAUCAGUCAAAACUGAUAUUAUCAAUAAUGAAGACGUACCAAAAAACGUAUGUUUGAAUUGUGUCACAGAAGCAUACGCUACGAAUAAACAAAUUAUUCUCACUACUAAAAACGGUCUUCAUAUUACUGGUGAUGGAAUGAUUACUAUUACACCGGUACUGCGAGUAUCCAAAGAUGUGCCAAAUAGCGAAACGUUGACGGUAGCACCAGUGAGUCCGAAAAGCAAUGAAAAAAUUGACCAGUUAUAGGGUAAGUUGAAUAAUUAAAAAAGGAAUAUUUCCAAUACUCUAAAAAGGAUCUUACAUGUAGAAGAAACAAGUUUUAUUUAGAACACAAAUGUUUUAUUUAAUAAUGUUGUCAGAAUAUAGUUCUGGGUGAUAUUUUGUUUUGUUUUAAUGUUAUUUAACAGUAUAU